GGGGUUAUUGUCCAAUUUAUAUUAACUCCAUUAGUGAACCCUUCAAAAUACUUACAGCACAAUUCUACACAUACAUAGUCAGAUUGAAGUGUCACAAUACUGUUUUUCCUGCAACUGGAUUAUUUUUAUUCACAUGCUGCUCCUCUUCCCAUAGAGAGUUCAGAGCAAAAUAUGUUUAAUGUAUUUCUGAAAUAAUGUCAAGUAGUAUGUUUGUAGCAAAGUAUUUAUAUUUGAAAGUCUUUAGGGAUAUUAAAGCCCUGGAAAGGAGUGGGGAGCUAGGGCAACAGUCAUUUAUGCUUAGAACACUAAGGCUCCAGUAACCACUUGAGGAAAUGACACUGGUUCUGUAUUUAAUAUUUAAUAUUAAGUGCUUUGUGAAAUGAUAUCUCAUGUUGAAGAUCAUUAAUCUUAGGUUGCUUAGCCAGAGGAAACAGAGUCAAAACCCUGUUAUUAUUGUAUCAGGUAGAAUAAUGGGUAAUUUAUUAUGCCUGUGAAAAUGUAGAUUGUUGUUGCAUAAGUGCUGACACGUCAUUUGGCUUUAAUACAGUACUAGAGACUACACUGCACUGAAAGCAUUUUUCUUUGUACAUUACUUUCUGUCCAUGUGAGCUGUGUGAAAUCCAUCAUUUACAGUUAGCAAACUGUGGAACUACUACUACUACUGAAAAAUGAACAUUUUGCAUAAACUUUGUUUGAUGUUUACUGAAGAAGAUUGUGGGCAUGAAAAAUUGGAUUUGGCAAGUUGUGACUACAGAAAUUUUUGAGGUUUUCAUUUUGUUCUGAAAUUGUACAGCAGCAGCGUACCAGCUGAUAUACCUGAUGUACCUUAACCACAAGAUUGAAUGAAUGGUCUCCUCUUUAACAUUUCUGUUUGGGAAUCAUGGCAAUUCACAAAGAGAAGGCUGUGUUUGAAGAAGGUGAUAGUCGAGCUAUGUCUACCAACUUAAAAUACCUGUCUUUGGGCAUAUUAGUCUUCCAGACAACUAGUUUGGUUUUGACUAUGCGUUACUCUCGGACACUGAAAGAAGAAGGACCUCGCUAUUUGUCUUCAACUGCAGUGGUCAUUGCUGAACUUUUGAAAAUUAUGGCUUGCAUUUUGUUGGUUUACAAAGACAGCAAGUGCAGUUUACGAGCUCUAAACAGAGUGUUACAUGAUGAAAUUCUUAACAAGCCAAUGGAGACACUUAAACUUGCUAUUCCUUCUGGGAUUUACACUCUACAGAAUAACCUGCUCUAUGUUGCUUUGUCAAAUCUGGAUGCAGCCACUUACCAGGUCACGUAUCAGCUGAAAAUCCUCACCACUGCAUUAUUUUCUGUGUCAAUGCUCAGUAAGAAAUUAGGUGUAUAUCAGUGGCUUUCUUUAGUGAUUCUGAUGGCUGGUGUUGCAUUUGUACAGUGGCCAUCAGAUUCACAGGCAACAACAGCUAAAGAACUUUCAGCAGGAUCACAGUUUGUGGGCUUGAUAGCAGUACUUAUUGCCUGCUUUUCUAGUGGAUUUGCUGGAGUAUACUUUGAAAAAAUUUUGAAAGAAACAAAACAAUCGGUAUGGAUUAGAAAUAUUCAGCUAGGAUUUUUUGGUAGUAUAUUUGGAUUGAUGGGCGUGUACAUUUAUGAUGGAGAACUUGUAUCAAAUAAUGGUUUUUUUCAAGGUUAUAACAAGCUUACUUGGAUAGUUGUAGUUCUGCAGGCACUUGGCGGCCUUGUUAUAGCAGCUGUUAUAAAAUAUGCAGACAAUAUUUUAAAAGGAUUUGCAACAUCUUUAUCUAUUAUAUUGUCAACAUUAAUCUCAUACUUCUGGCUUCAAGAUUUUGUCCCUACUAGUGUUUUUUUUCUUGGAGCUGUUCUGGUAAUAGUUGCUACAUUCUUAUACAGUUAUGAUCCAAAGCCAACAGGAAAUCCUAUUAAAGCAUAACAGACUCUUCCAUGUCACACUAUUUUGCCAAGAUUGUGCAAAAAGGACUUCUAAAUACUGUUUGGAGGAUUAUCAAGCACUGAAAGAGUUUAUACUGUGUCAGAAGAAUGAUGUUGAUAGUCAAUUCACAAAACAAUCUCUGGAAAAGAAGGAAAGUCCAGAACAAAACUUGAAUGUGUUGCUUCUAGAACCUGGAACUAGAAGUGCUUCCAGCUUGAACUCUGAGGUUAAAGCAGAAUGAUUUACUAUUUUCGACAGCUGCAGAAAUGUCCUAUGCAUUCUCCUUGCAAGAGCACAUGACAUUUGUUAAAUCAUCUUUUUUUGCAAGCUAUUUCAUUU